CCUGGCGCGGCCUAGUCCCGCGGAGAGCGCCGCGCCGCCGCCCGGGGAUGCUCCUGCUGGCCCUGGGCGACCCCGGGAUGGAACCGGCCCGGCCCGCGCUGGUCAUCCGCAUCCGCAUCCCGGACGGCGGCGGCGCCGUGGACUGGACCGUGCACCCCGCGCCGCAGCUGCUCUUCCGGGACGUGCUGGACGUAAUCAGUCAGGUUCUUCCGGAUGCAACGACAACGGCUUUUGAAUAUGAAGAUGAGGAUGGCGAUCGGAUUACUGUUCGCAGCGAUGAAGAAAUGAAAGCUAUGUUGUCCUAUUAUUAUGCAACUGUAAUGGAGCAGCAGGGAAAUGGACAGCUGAUCGUACCCCUGCAGAUCUAUCCAAGAGCUUGCAAGCCUCCUGGGAAAAGGAACAUACAUGGCCUGAAGGUAAAUACGCGAGCAGGGUCUGCUAACAAUAGCAGUGCGGCCAUCCCAGACUCCCUUCCAAGCCAUAGUCUGAAGAAGUCCUCCGCUGAGCUGAAGAAAAUACUAGCAAAUGGCCAGGUGGAGAUGAAUGAACAAGACAUACGGUAUCGAGACAUCCUUGGGCACGGCAAUGGAGGAACCGUUUACAAAGCAAACCACGUCCCCAGUGGGAAAAUACUAGCCGUAAAGGUGAUUCCUUUAGAUAUUACACUAGAACUUCAGAAACAGAUUAUGUCUGAAUUAGAAAUCCUUUAUAAGUGCGAUUCAUCCUACAUCAUAGGAUUUUAUGGUGCUUUUUUUGUAGAAAAUCGGAUUUCCCUUUGUACUGAAUUUAUGGAUGGGGGCUCCUUAGAUGUCUACAGAAAAAUUCCAGAGCACGUCUUGGGAAGAAUAGCUGUAGCUGUUGUUAAAGGACUUACUUAUUUAUGGAGCUUAAAAAUUCUACAUAGAGAUGUGAAGCCCUCUAAUAUGUUGGUGAACACCAGAGGCCAGGUCAAGUUAUGUGACUUUGGAGUGAGCACCCAGCUGGUGAAUUCCAUAGCAAAGACCUACGUCGGGACGAAUGCAUAUAUGGCACCAGAACGAAUUUCCGGAGAACAGUACGGCAUUCAUUCUGAUGUUUGGAGUCUAGGAAUUUCCUUCAUGGAGCUUGCUCUCGGGAGGUUCCCCUAUCCUCAGAUUCAGAAAAACCAGGGAUCUUUAAUGCCUCUCCAGUUACUCCAGUGCAUUGUUGAUGAGGAAUCUCCUGUCCUUCCGGUUGGGGAGUUCUCGGAGCCGUUUGUACACUUCAUCACUCAAUGUAUGAGGAAGCAACCAAAAGAACGACCAGCCCCUGAAGAAUUAAUGGGCCACCUCUUUAUUGUGCAGUACAAUGACGGGAAUGCCGAAGUGGUCUCCAUGUGGGUGUGCCGGACCCUGGAGGAGAGGCGUUUGCAGCAACAGGGAUCGCAGUGAGAGGAAGAGAGAUGGGCUGCCUCCCACGAGAAAGCAGCCUCCCAAGAGCUUCAUGGCAAAUGCAUUUCAGAGUGGAGCCUGCCGGGAGAGAGACGGGGUCUUUUUCUUCAAGAAAUUCAGCAGGAGUCCUUUGCCCCCCCGGCUCUCACUGCCCCCUGCAUCCUUAAGACAACACGAACAUAUAUUUUAUAAACCGAAUGUAUAUAUGUUGGCCUCCAAGUAUUUUAUACGCUUUGGGGUCUUUGCUAGCUAAGCAUAAGGACAUGAGCAGAAAAUGGAGGUCCUGUGGACUCGGUCAGGUGCCUGCUUUGGAUUGGGAUUUGAAACUGAACGUUAGAUGAUGGACCGGUGAAAGAAAAUGGAUCAAGAUGAAAGAAUAAAAAAGUGUAAGCAGUAUCUGCCAAAGGGAGCGUGCUAGAUUUAUUUUUGGAACAGACAAGUGUGUGCUUGCACUAUCCCCUAUACUCACUUCUUAUGUAGGACGAGGUGGACACCAAGGACAUCAAGAGAUUUUAGCAGAAGAUGAACAGGAGGGAAAGUUGGGUUGGGCUUUCAUUUGCUGAUGAUGUUAUUACGUUGAGCAGUAGAGCAAUUCCUUGGGGUUGGUUUAAAGUUCAUUCUUAGGGGAAUUCUUGCCAGAACUGCAGAAGAGGUGCUGCUGGCCAUGGUUGAUCGCAAAGUUGGACCCUUUGAUUGGAAGCUUCUUUUGUUCCUAUUCAGCAAGCCUAAGAUAUACUUAUGUCACUGAUCUCUCUCUCUCUUUCUCUUUCUUUCUUUCUUUCUUUCUUUCUUUCUUUCUUUCUUUCUUUCUUUCUCUCUCUCUCUCUCUCUCUCUCUCUCUCUCUCUCUCUCUCUCUCUCUCCACAAAUGUUGCCUGAGGCUGAUGUGACUUAUCAUUCAUUUGUUCAAUUAAAUGUGUAUGCUUGUUCAACCAACACCAAUGAAAGCUGCAAUAGCUAGGUUUUUAGAACACCAGGCUAAAUUGAGCCUGGGCAGUUGGUGACUUAAGAUGGUCUGGGAAGCCAUACUGUCAAAAGUGGCCUACUGACUUAGCAGGUUGUCUGAACCGUGUCAUCCUAUUAAGCUGCAAUGUUUUUAUUUGUUUAUUUAUUUGUCACACCAAUAUAUCUUCUGCCGAUUUACCAGACUCUAGGUGGUGUACCUGGAUAAUGCAAUUUAUCUGUUUGUGUAUAACGUUAUGGGGGAUAGCGAUUGUGUCUUACCUAGUUCAGGGUUUAGUAUCUUAGGCGAAGCUACUGCAACUGAUCCAGAUGAAGUCUAUCCAUUAACCUCACCAAACGGAGUCAUGUGUCAAAUGGAGACCAACUCAAAGAAGCGAGGCUGGGAGUUGUGCAGCCCUCUGAUGUUUUAACCUUCAGUAGCUACUCUGCAAGAAGGACCAAAAACAGGAAGAAGGAAAUUGUGCUGUAAUCCAGUCCACCAACAACCAACAACCUCUGGACUCAGUGUAAAAGGAGUCCAGCCUUUGAUAGCAAAAAAGGUUCUCUGCACUCUAAAACGUGGACCUAUUGCCCUCUUCAACUUUUGCCCCCAUCUAAAUAAUUAUGACAUUAAAAGACUAUGUUGAAAGUUUAAGAA